AUGGCGGAUUUGGCCAAGAGACCGAAGAAGCGCGUGCAGACGUUCGGCCGCAAGAAGAAUGCUGUCGCCGUCGCGCUUUGCACCCAAGGCAAGGGGUUGCUCCGUGUGAACGGACGCCCUCUGGAGCACCUUCAGCCAGAAGCUUUGAAGGUGAAGGUCUUCGAGCCUCUUCUUCUUUUGGGGAAGGAUCGGUUUCAGGAUAUCGACAUUCGCGUUCGUGUUAGCGGAGGAGGUUACAUCGCUCAGAUCUAUGCUAUCCGCCAAGCCAUUGCCAAGGCCGUCGUCGCCUUCAACCAAAAGUAUGUGGACGAAGCAACGAAGAAGGAAGUGCGCGACAUCCUCGUUGCGUACGACAGAUCCCUGAUCGUCGCCGAUCCUCGGCGAUGCGAGCCGAAGAAGUUCGGUGGUCCAGGUGCCAGAGCACGCUACCAGAAAUCUUAUCGAUGA